AUGUCCAACUUUUCGUCACCAAAGGCCCGACGGGCCUCUUCCACCCCUCACUAUCAGACAUUCUCUACGCCGCCGCCAAAGUCAGCCGGUCGCCCUCUCUCUGCCGAGUCGGGCUCCACGAAUCCCUCAUCGUCUCACAUCGCGGGCGAACGCGCGGAUGCUCCGACCUCCACCCCCAUCCCGAUACAGCAGAUGUCGGUGCUUGCAUUUAUUGCUCUCUGCGAGCAGACUGCGCUCAACUCGAUAAGUCCUUAUUUGCCGGCAAUGGCGGCAUCCUUUCCAGAGGUCGAGUCGCAUGAAGUUGGGAUCUAUGUCGGCACCAUUGCAUCUGCCUUUGCGCUAGCGCAGUUUUCUACCAAUUUUUUUUGGGGUUGGUUAUCGGACCGUAUUGGGAGAAAGCCUGUCAUAUUAUUAGGAACAGCCCUUACAGCCGUUUGUUUUCUUGCCUUUGGAUUUUGCAAAACACUAUGGCAGGCCAUCGUUGCCCAACUCUUCAUGGGUCUGGUCAACGGGAACCAAGGGGUUGUCUCCACAUGCCUGGGGGAGAUAACAGAUCGCAGUAAUCAGUCGCGUGCCUUCACAUACCUACCCGUUAUAUACGGAAUCGGAGGCAUCACAGGCCCAAUUUUGGGAGGGUUGCUUGCAUCGAAAGACGUAAAGGGCCAAUCUUACCCAUUUCUUGCUCCAAACCUCGUGUCUGCUGCAAUAUUGAUUGGAGACUUUAUCAUUAUUUCAAUAUUUUUGGAAGAAAGUGUUGAAGGCGCGGAAAUGCUUCCUCGAAUCUACGGAAAAUUCCGCGACAUGUUUACCUGGUUAUGGCAAUUUCACAGCUCUUCGCGGCCAACCUACUUGCGAAACGACCUUGAUGCGGAUUAUCCGCGACGCUCUGUCCGCCAUGGAGUCCAUCAUUACAGAGACUCUGUUGAUAGCGAUGAUGAUAAUGAUGAGACCGAUCCCGCUAUCACACCUCUCUUCCCUCAUCGCUCCCAUAACGAAGCACUCAAUCGUGAUGAAAUCUUCAACAGAGAUAUGAUUUUGUUGCUUCUCACCUACCUGAUCUUCUCUCUGUCGAAUGUCUCGUUCAAUUCUCUCUACCCUAUCUUCGCGCAAGCUCCACCACCUACGGGCCGAGAAUUCAAUCCAAAAGAGAUUGGCAUGUCCUUGGCUUUUGCCGGUAUCGUCACCAUAGUUUUUCAGAUCUGUGUAUUUGGAAGGCUUCGUGACAAAAUGGGUAACAGAUGGUCUUACCGCGCCGGUUUGCUUGGCUUUGUUGCAUCAUUUAUCCUGAUGCCCUUUAUCAGCUAUAAAGAUAAAACAAAUGCUGAUAUAGCUAUAUCCAAACAAAAUGUCCUUGUUGCUGUGGAAGUAUGUGUAGUAUUGUUGAUCAAGACUGUUGCAACUGUUGGAGGUCUUACCAGCGCAUUACUCUUGAUCACCAAUUCUGCCCCAGACCACUCUGUUCUAGGCUCUCUCAAUGGCCUUGCGCAGACCCUCUCUGCAGCAGGCCGUGCUGUCGGGCCAUUUUUGUCUGGAAGUCUUUUCACCCUUGCCACAAAGGUAAAGCCGAAGGGCGAAGCUCUUGCAUUCGGCGUUUUUGGUGGAGUAGCCUUUGUCGGAUUCUUGCUUAGCUUGGGUAUUCGCUCUCGCAACCUCGAAGCUGAGGGGUGGGGAGAGGAAGACGAUGAUUGUGGGAAGUCGGAUGAAGAAGACGACGUUUAG